AUGAUGACGACAGUGGUGGUGCCCAUUGUCAAAAAUAGGACAGGUGAUUCGGCGGAUAGAUCCAAUUAUAGGCCAAUAUCAUUGGCAACGAUCGCAGCUAAGGUUCUGGAUAGUUUGCUUGAUGCACAGUUAGAUAAGACUGUAAAAAUACAUGAGGCACAGUUCGGUUUUAGGCCAGAACUAUCUACGGAGAGUGCUAUACUGUGCAUCAAGCAGACUGUGCGGGGAAAUAACAAACCGAUAAAUUUUAAACCAUGUAUACAAUUAGGUGGAACUCCCCUGAAACAGGUAGCUGAGUUCAAAUAUCUAGGGCAUAUAGUAAACGAACGCCUGGGUGACGACAGCGACAUGGAACGUGAGCGCCGGGCGCUGUUAGUUCGAGGCAAUAUGUUGGCUCGCAGAUUUGCACGAUGUAAACGCAGUCCGUGGACGAACUACACGCAGCGAGCCUACAGCGCCCUGCGUAUUCAAUAUAACAAUGUGUUGAGGGCGGUGCUGAGGAAGCCUCGACACUGCAGUGCGUCAGCAAUGUUUGCGGACGUUCGUGUGGACGAUUUCUUCGCGAUCAUGCGUAGGCGUGCGGCGUCUAUGUUGUGCAGGCUUGUGAGCAGUACCAACACCCUCCUUAACUCAUGGGCCAAUAAGCUGGAUAGCCCCCUCUGGAGGUGCUGGAAUGGUGCACACACGGGCUAUAGGAGGGCCACACCCAGAGCCUGUAAAAUGCCUCCUAAAGUAGAUUCUAAAACUAGCGAAAGUGAUAAGGAGAUUCAGGAUACUAAACUGUCUAUCUUAAUUGCUAAACGUGAAGCUAUAUUCGGUAUCAUGCAAAAUGUCUUUGACUUAUCUCGUGAACCCGAUGUUCAUACGAACGUUGAAAAAAGAGAACAUUUUCUAGACGAAUCUUCACAAAUUGAUUCAUUGCGUUUAAAGUACGAGUCUAUUGUAGACGAUUAUAAUACACGUUUAUUAAACUUAAAUUCAGAUGCAAAACCUGAUUACAAAAGUCUAUAUGCUUUUGAGACUUUGUAUAAUAGGGUCAAACGAACUCAUACAAAAUGCUCAACUUUAAAUACGACACCAGAAAUACAUAAUGCGACCUCCGCGCUGCUAAAAGCCAAGCCGAAGCUAGCUCCCAUAUCGAUAUUAGAAUUCGAUGGUGACAUUAAAUCUUUUCAGAUGUUUUAUACGACCUUUAAGUCAGUAGUAGAUAAUAAUCCAUCACUCACAGAUGCAGAAAAGCUAUUUUAUCUGUUACCGAAGCUGACAGGGAAGGCAAAAAGCGCAAUCGCUGGAAUUUCUCCGUGUGCUGAGAAUUAUCAGCUCAUUUUACAAACACUCGUCAAUAGGUUCGAUGAUAAACGUAUGUUGACUUCCGCGUACCUACAUGAAUUAUUUCGCUAUAAGGGUUUUCAGACUCCCUCUGCGACUAACUUUGAAGAUUUCAUAGACCGGUUCGCUGGCGCAGUAAGCGCUUUAAAAAACCUAAAGUUAGAGAACCUAGCUGAUCUUAUCAUACUACAUAUAGCUACACAAAGGGUCGAUACUGAGAGUGUACGCGCGUUUGAAAUUAAAUGCGGCAAGAAUAUACCUACUUUCGACGACUUUGUGGAAUUUAUCACAACACGCGCGAAGGUGUUUGAGCGUACGAAUACGAAUGUCACAAACCCUUCCAAUACGCGUCAUAAUAAAAAUAUAAAACAUUUGAAUAACGGGACUUCUGGCAAUGCGCCGAAGUAUCAGGCCUAUAUAAGCACGGUUGAUAAGCCUACGUCCAAGUGUCUAUGUAGAAAUAUAACACAUGCGCAUUUAUAUAAAUGUGUUGACUUUAAUAAAUUAUUAACUCCUCAAGAACGUUUUAAGUGCGUCAAGGAGAAGAAUGCCUGUGUGAACUGCCUGUCUAUAAAACAUAAAGUCGGGCAAUGUGAAGUCUCCCCGCACUGUUCGUGUGGUCAGAAACAUAACAAAAGGCUGCACUUUGACCAGCGCGAGGAACAUUCCCGCGCGCCUCAGUUGAAUACCGUCAUGCCGCCACCGAACGCACCUACCGUUACCGCGUCAUCGCCCGUAGCGGAUGAUCGCGCCGACGUAGCACUGUGCGCUACGCGCGUAAGCCCGUCUACAAGCGCUACGCAGGUGUAUAAUAGCAAUUUAAUGAAUCGUGUGGAAGACAAGCGAACUACUGUCUUAUUGGCUACCGCACAAGUUGCUGUUUACGACUGUAAUGGUGAACGGCAAGUUAUACGUAUUCCGCUUGCCGAUGCGAGUUACGGCGUACCUGAUAAAAUUGAUGCUUUAAUAGGAGCUUCCCUAUUUCCACAUUUGCUUCUCCCCGACGACGUCCAUACGUCACGUCGCGACCCGUCGGUGCCCGUUGCAUUGCGCACGGUGUUAGGUCUGGUGUUCAUGGGCAAUGCGCCUACGAUACCUACUAUAAAUACUCAUACGGCCUUGACAUGUUGUUUCGUUCAAGAGCCUCCUGCUAUUGACUCUUUAGUCAAGCGUUUCUGGGAACUUGAAGAACUUCCUUCCGCUUCCAUUCAGAAUCCUGAUGAUAAUGAAUGCGAAGACUUCUACACUUCGACUACUGUCCGAGAUCCCGAUACGGGCAGAUACGUUGUCGGCCUGCCAUUUAAAGAGGAUCUAUAUUCCCUAGGGAAUUCUUUGGACAUAGCUAAGAAACGUUUCAUCUGCCUCGAAAGAAAGCUUGAAGCUUCGAAUAAAUUGAGGUCGGCAUAUGAUGACGUCAUAAAAGGUUAUCUCGCGAAAGAUUAUAUUUCUCCCGCGCCUUCAUAUGAUUCUAAAGAUCCCGUUCCGAUUUACGUGAUGCCACACACGGGGAUUUUACGUGAAGACAAACUCUCGACGAGACUGAGAUUAGUCGUCGAUGCUUCUUGUCGUUCUAGUUCUGGAAAGGCACUGAACCAUCUGCUACAUUCCGGUCAAAAUUUACAGGGAGAUCUUUUUAAAAUAAUUUUGAAUUUUCGUCUGCAUGCAGUGGCAAUGACAGCCGACUGCCGAGAACAGUUUCUACAAAUCGUUAUGCGCGAAGCUGAUCGUCGCUAUCAAUGCUUCUUAUACCGCUUUAAUCCACAAGACCCUCUUGUGCUAUACCAGUUCAAUCGAGUCUGUUUCGGUCUCACUUCCAGUCCCUUCCAUGCACUGCGCACGGUAAGACAGCUGGUGAAUGACGACGGCGCAAAAUAUCCACGAGCGAAUAGCAUUGUGCUACCCGCGCUUUAUAUGGAUGACGUAGCUUUCUCGCUUCCAAGCGAACUAGAGGCAGUCACUGUGUCGCUGCAGAUGAUCGAUCUUUUUAAGGGUGCACAGUGGGAAUUAGUUAAGUGGAACAGCAAUUCUCGCGAGGUCUUAGAUAACCUUCCUGCGUCCCACAAACUUCCGACUGAAGUGGAGUUUGACAAAACCAUGCACCAUAAAAUACUUGGUCUGCAUUGGUAUACUGGAAAUGACGCUUUCUAUUUUAAAAUUUCUAUGCCCGACGAUGUGACAUGCACUAAGCGCUCCAUCUUGUCGACUGUUGCCCGUCUGUGGGACAUAAUGGGCUUCGUUGCUCCCACAGUCGUGUAUGCCAAAAUAUUAAUUAAAAUGCUUUGGCAAUUAAAUCUUGAUUGGGACACUGUAGCUCCACCACACAUCAUUAAGAUGUGGAGACAGUUUUGCGAUGAGUUGCCAGCUCUAAAUAAGCUACACAUACCGCGUCAUGUGGGCGUGACAACAGACUGUGAGGUCACUCUCCUGGGACUAUCAGAUGCUAGUCUCGCAGCCUAUGGUGCUGUCGUUUAUUUACACGUUAGCUCCCCUACUGGUAACACUGUGCGUCUUGCUUGUGCGAAAAGUAAAGUUUCGCCGACGAAACCUCAUUCAAUUGCUCGUCUCGAACUAUUAGGUGGCGUCCUACUGUCGAAAUUGCUUCGUACAGUACAUGACACUUACUCUGAGCGUAUCCCAAUCAAGGCUACAUAUGCAUUUCUCGAUUCCAAAGUCGCCCUAUAUUGGAUAAAAAGUUCACCGCAUAGAUGGCAGACUUUUGUCGCGAAUCGCGUUGUACAGAUAACUGAGAAUAUCUCACCAGACAACUUUUAUCAUUGCCCUGGCACUGAGAACUCUGCUGAUAUUCUAUCGAGAGGUGUAACUCCUGAGAAGCUUCUCUCACACCCUCUGUGGCUGCAUGGUCCACCAUGGGCAUCAAUGCAUCCGUCUCAGUGGCCACUCAAAACUCUAGAGGGAGAGUCUAUUGAAGACGUACCCGAGAAGAAGGUUCUUAUACACACUGUGCGUAAACCUAUACUCCCGAACGACUUACACGAGCUUGCUCUCCGUUUUUCUUCGUGGAGCAAACUUCUACGUAUAAUUGUAUACAUUUGUAGAUUUGCUAAAUUACUGCCUCGUCGCGGCACUAGUGCAGUUACCGCUGACGACUUAAAUUUCGCAGAGAAUAGAAUGCUUCGCGCUCUGCAAAAUCAGCAUUUUGCUGAAGAAUAUUCUCUUAUUAAAAAUAAUAAAACAUGUUCACCGGCAUUUAAUCGCCUAAGACCAUUUAUUGAUGAUGGACUUAUCCGCGUUGGCGGUCGUCUCGCCAACUCUGGACUUAGCUUUGAAAAAAUACAUCCGGUUAUAUUGCCUCGCAAUGGCCACGUGGUAAAUAUAAUCAUUGAUUAUUACCACAUUAAACAUUUACAUGCUGGACCCGAACUCCUAAUGGCCCUGCUUCGUCAGAGGUACUGGAUUCUGUCGGCACGCCGUAUUGUCAGGCAAAGAGUACAUAUGUGCAAUACUUGCUUUAGAUUUAAACCGCGUCCAACCAUUCCGCUGAUGGCGGAUCUUCCUGAUAUACGUACACGUCCAGCGUUGAAAGCCUUUAGUUUCACCGGCUGCGAUUAUGCAGGUCCUAUACCAUACGUUCCUGUACGCCGCCGUGGCGUACACAGCGAGAAAGCUUAUAUUGUGCUGUUCACGUGUCUCACUACGAGAUCUACGCACAUUGAGGUUGCUACCUCACUCAGCACCCCCAGUUUCCUCGCCGGGUUUAAAAGAUUCCUAUCACGUCGUGGUCCUGUUCAGGUGCUGCAUAGCGACAAUGCUAAAAACUUCCAGGGUGCUGCUUCUUACCUUCGGGACCUCUAUAAAUUUCUAAGAGAAGAAUAUUACCCGAAGCUAGAGCAGGAAUGCGCUGAAAAUCGCAUAACUUGGAAAUUCAUCUGUCCCAAUUCCCCACACUUUGGAGGUUCAUGGGAAAGUAUGAUCAAGGUGACUAAGACGAUCCUGUUCAAGGUCAUAGGGCAACAGCUCCUUUCUUAUGAGGAACUUUGCACUGUGCUCAUUCAGGUCGAAUGUCUUCUCAAUUCGCGUCCGCUAACAAUACUAAGCUCUGACCCUGCCGAACCUUCGGCUCUUACUCCAAGUCACUUCCUACAUACUGCGCCUCUAUUCUCCUUGCCUGCGCCUGAUGUCAAUCCAGACAAAAUUAACUUGGUUGACAGGUACUCGUUAAUAGAUAAAAUGGUCCAAUCGUUUUGGAAUCGUUGGAGGAUGGAAUAUUUGCACGGAUUGCAAGUUCGUUUGAAAUGGAAUACGCCUUCCGUACCUAUUACGCCGGGAACUGUCGUCGUAGUUAUAAAUGACAACGUACCGCCUCUGGCUUGGCCUCUAGCAGUAGUAGAGAAAGUGCAUCCCUCGAAAGACGGCGUCAUACGCGUAGCGACCGUUAAAAUUUCCGGGAGAACUUACGUCCGUCCGGUCGUUCGCUUAUGCCCUCUUCCGACGCAAUAA